AAUAUAAUAUAAAUAAAAUACUAUGUCCACAAGUGACUUACCACCAUCUAUUUUUACCCCUAUGGGAAAAAGAAAAAAAAACAAAUGUCAUCCCUUACAAGCUUCCAAACAAAGAGAAUUAAUGGAAAGUGAGAUUUUCAGGUAGCUAAGUAUUAUUCUCCUUCUUGUCCCUUUUUAUGAUAUUUUGUCCAUCAUAAGAAAAAAAAAAUCAUAUAGUAUAUAUAUAUAUUAUUACAAGAAACUUUUCUUCUGCUAGUCAAUGGAUAUCUCUAUCUCCAUUAUUUCAAGAAAACAUGUUUUUUCUUCCCAAAAAUAUCACUAAAACAUAUCUCUCUUCUUCUUUCUAUGGCUUACAUUAAAGAGAUCAACGUAAUUUUCGACGAUAUCUCUUAUUUCUUCUCUUUUUUCUCAAGGAUAUCAAUAUGACUAUGAUCAAUCCUUGUGAAAAUAUUUCAAGAGAGAAUUUAAUUCGAAGGAGUACUAGUGUUUAUGGUUUUGGUUUAGGUGAUUACGAUAGUAAUUUUAAUCUUAUGACCCGAUUAGAUGCUGAAGAUGAUGAUGAAUAUUAUGUUCAACGAGAUAAUUCAUAUGUUUUAGGGUCGGAUCUAGCAAUAAUGGCUGAAGAUGAGUCAAGAACCGGAAGUAUUAAUGAAACUGGUUUGAGUUCUAAAGAUAACAACAAUGAUAAUACUAACAACAAGAACCACAAGGAGGAGGAAGAGGACGAAGAGGAAAAAGGGUGGCUUCAGUUAAGUAUUGGUGGGCGUACCUAUAUGCCCACCAGUAAUAAGCCAGAAGAGAAUUCUAGAAGAUCAACAGGUGGAAGUGGACUAGUGGAACUUGAUCUAUUACCAACUGUUAGUUCCCAACAAGGGAAACCAACAGUACAUAUAAAUGAAUUUCGAGCACCACCAUCACUAUCAACACCUCGAAGAUAUCAACAACAGUUUCUGACUACUAGUAGUACUACUACUUCUACUACAUCAUCGUCUUUGUUUUUACAACAAUAUCCAGGGAUGGGUGUAGGAAGUAGUUCUACGAAUAUGUUUCCACAACAACAAGAGAUUAUUAAUUGGGGUUUUAGACCUAUGACCGCGCCAAUCCAACAGAAUAUGAAUCUGUCUCUAGUGUCAUCAGGUUCACAUUUUGGUCCUGGACCAUUCCCAGUACUGGGAGGGGUUCCAGGACCAAGUUCUAUAGAUUUUCGGGUUGUUCAUCCACCUCGAAGACCACAUUCUGGGUUAUGGUUUUCAUUACAAUCAUCUUUAAAUCAAACAAAAGAACCCUUUUUGCCACAAAUAUCCAAGAGCUACCUUAGGAUCAAAGAUGGGAGGAUGACAAUACGACUAGUCUUGAAGUAUUUGGUCAAUAAGCUACAAUUGGAAAAUGAAUCAGAGAUAGAGAUAACAUGUAGAGGCCAACAACUCCAACCAUUCUUGACAUUGCAACAUGUUAGAGAUCAUAUAUGGAGUACUACUACUAAUGCUGCUGACAAUAUCCUCACUUUGCUUCCUUCAGAAACUUCUAAUCAUGUCAUGGUUCUACAUUAUGCUAGAACAAGUGCACCUCAAAAUUAACAAGCCACAAAUACUUCGACUUUUUUAUAACAGGUCCGAGUCAGAGUCAGAGUCAGAGUCAGAGUCAAAUAGUAAUGACUCAAAACAUUUCAUCUUACACUAUUUUCGGAAAUCCAAGAAUUUUAUCUAUGGAUAUGUAAAUUACAAGAUUUUCAAUCCUAGCAAAAAAGGGAGGGAAACAUAUUGAAAGUCAAACAGGGCUUCUAUUACAAAACGAACUCGAGAAAGCUGAUGGCGAGAAUUUCUAAUCGUCAAAAAAAAAGAGUACUUAAUUAUUUCAUUUUUUUUAUCAUGGUAUUAUUGUUAAACUAUUGUUACUCAAUCCACUUCUUUUUUGAGUAGUUUUUUUUCUUUCUUUUGGAGUUGUAUUUUAAUUUCAUCAACAUUAAAAUAGUUUUAAUA